AAUUACACUAAAAGUGGUUUCUAACUCAUACAGAAUUUAAACAUGAACCGAAGGGCGAAAUAUUUGUGCAGCAUAGUUAAGCACUUAUUGGUGGCUAGCUAAUAUUAGCCACGAUGCUAUCGCUAGCAUAGCCGCUACCGCUAACUUUAGCCAAGUUGACUGACAAAAGAACCACUAGUUAACCAAUGUUUGGCUGACUAAAGGUUACACACACUAAAUAAACUUUAUCCUAAACAAUCUUUAUUUAUGAGUGAGCUUGAAUUAAACUGAUUUACAUAUUACCUUUGAUCAUAUAAUGCUAAUAUUUAACAGUAGUGAUCCACUUGUAUAAUGCAGGCACUAAAGUAUAGAUGCUUUAUCUUAGCUAUUCAUAUAUUUAUUUUCUAUUCUUUGACAUUUCCGGCUGCAACUCACAGCCAGACGACCUGUAAGAGCAGAAUUUUGCCAUUGAACUUACUACAUUGUUUUGUUUGUAGGCCUGCUAGUUUGAACCCACUGUCAGUUUGCACACACACACACACUGAUACAGACAUAUAACAAAGACACUAACAUAUUGGAUCCUCUCUUAGACAAACAGAAUAUCAAUCCAGCCCUGCGCUUUGGUUAGUAAGUAGAAAUAUUGUAACUGAAAUUGACAACAGACCAUAUAUCUUGACUGUGGAUAACUGUUUAGCAUCCUUAGACCUUUUCAUAUUGUUUAGAAAAAUCCCAUUCAGACAUGAUUGACACUGAGCGAUGCUUUAUUUUAUGUAUUGUGCUGUAAAGACUAUUGCAUAUCCUCAAGUUCUAAGAGGCAAUAAGAUAAGAUAUUGAAGGGAUACAAUUUUGCCUUGUUGACACCAAAGUCAACAUUAUCACACAGCUAAGUUUCUUACUAAGCAACUUAAAUUCAUUUAAGACAUUUAAACUUCUUGAAAACUCAGAAUCUUGAAUGAGAUUUUGAUAAUAAAUAAGGAAAUAAUUUGUCCACCCUGAAAAGGACUUGGGAUUUAAAUGAGCUGUGAGGUUGGUUUUCUGACGUGAACUGAAAAUGUCUCUCUUUCUCUCUCCCUCACCCUCCUUCCACUCCUCCCGACCUCCUCCUUCCUGUCUCUAACUGUGUUUGUGACUGAGGCGACUCAGCAGCAAGUUCACACACUGAAUGAAAUCUUAGGCUGAAUUACCACAGUGUGCCAUGAAGAUUUCUUAUACACAGUUAAUAAAGUGGUAGUGAAACACAGACUUCUAAAACAGCCCCACUGAGUAGAUACAUUUCAUGACAGUGUGUUUCACAUAAAUCUAGCAACAACUGGAAAUGCAGUAUUAAUGGGGGUAUUUGGUGGUGAUUAUGACUUUACACUCUGUUCAUGUGAGAACAUUAAAAGCAGGCACCUUUAAUGCCAUUUUAGCUUUAGGUAGAAGUUGCUUAAUUGGAUUUCUUAUAUUGAAACAACUAUCUAAUGUUUAUGUCCAUUUUGUCUUACAGGUGUCCUGCUGUCCAUCUACUGUCCUCUAUCAAAGUGGCUCUCUGUCUUUGUAAUUUUGAAAACUUUGCUGAGUGUGAACAAGUGUAAAACUCCACCCAAAACGACCCCUCAGCCACUGUUGGCAAAGUCAGAGACUUGGCUUCUUUCCGCCGGCACUUCCGGAUGGGUUUCAUGACCAUGCCGGCCUCCCAGGACCUGUCCCCUCACUCUUGUGCCUCUGCCAUGGCGCCGCGCUCACAGUCCUGCCAUGCUGUUGGUGCCGGGGAUACGAGUCUGGAAAACGGAGAUUACUCCGACACCCAAUCCCAACAUGGAGGCCGCUGCCCGCCGGCCAAACCCAAACGUCACCCCAGCACUCGCCUCAGCUCUUCGUCUGCUGACAGCAGAGGACUUCUUGAGACGCCGCCACCUCCUCCGUCCACUCACUCACAGGCCAAACACUCAGAGAAGAAAAAUGCCAUGAAAAAGUCUGACUCUGGAGAGAUUGGAGCAAAGAAGGUUCCUCCUUUAAAGCCCAAGAGAAGUCCCAGCACCCAACUUUCCUUUGACCCUCUUCCUCCACGUGUGCCUCUUUCUGCCACAUCCUUGCCUUUCCAGGCAGCAGACUCUCAGAUUCAGACUGGAGACGGGGAGGAUGAGCCAGUCUAUAUAGAGAUGGUGGGCCAAGUGUUCACCAGAGAAAACCAGACGGCCACCCCCCACCCUGUCACCCCUGUGGCCACCACGCCUGACUCUGACUCAGACCAGAGUGAGGCCAUCUAUGAGGAGAUGAAAUACCCGCUGCAAGAGGAUAGAGAGUCCCAGAGACACCUCCCUCCAAAACAUGAGAAACUGAGAAACUCUAAACACUUUCAUGUCACCCCCUCCUCCUCUAGCAGCUCCUCCUCUCUGCCACGCCCCUCCUCUUCCUCUCCUUCCUACUCCAAACCCAAAGCUACAGUGUCAAUAUCCCAUUCGUCUCCUCUGCCUUCGUCAGCAUCCUCCACCCCUGUCCCCCAGGUCCUCUCCGCCAGUCCACACACUCCACGAGCUCCCACUCCCUACCUGCUACAAGGGAGUAAAUCCGAGCCUGAGUCCAACACGAAGAUCCCAGCCCCUUUCCCCAAUCUUCUACAGCACCGGCCCCCACUGCUUGCCUUCCCUCAACCAGCAGCAGCCUCCAGCGGGGUCGGGGUGCAAAAUAAGGCGUCUGCUUCUGCUAAAAUGGGAACACAAACAUCCAGCAUGACAACUCAAGUCAGCACCUCCUCCUCAACUUCUUCUAAUGUUCCUGUAUCCAAGGAGUCAUCAGGAGGAAGUGCAACCCAGCAGGACAAACACAGCAGAGAGGCCCAGUUAGGCCCUGCUCCUGGACUGAGAGCCAGGAGCCACUCCACACCUCUGCCUCCCUCCUCCAAAUCCACCUCCCCUUUCUCCCAUCACCACCACCACCCUCACCAUCGCCCUUCGCACUACCAUCACUAUCGCAAGCCAGAGAGAGGAGACUCCCCUGUUCCAAACAAGAGCAGCUCUCAGACUUCUACAGUCCAGACCCAAACCUCAAGUACAGGCAAGUCUGUUAGCUUCCUCUUGAAGUCCGAUAAAGGAGAGAGGGAUAAGGACAGGGACAGAGACAAGGAUAGGGACAGGGACAGGGACAGGGACCGAGAUAGAGACAGGGACAGGGACAGGGAUAGGGGUAGAGACAGGGACAGGGAGAGAGACAAGGAGAAAGACAAGGACAGAGAUAGAGACAGGGACAGAGAUAGGGAUAAGGACAGAGACAGAGAAAGAGACAGAGAAAGGGAUCGGGAUCGGGAUCGGGAUAGGGAUGGAGGGCCGUACUCCUUACAGUUGGAUCAUGCUCACUCCACUAGCAGCCAAACAUCUCAAAGCAGCACCAGCUCAACCCCUACGCCAUUAUCCUCAUCCCAGCGUCCUCAUUCUCGCCCCCAUCUUCGCUCUCACACUCCUCACGGCCUGCCAGCAUACAAGCCUCCCUCAUCGGACAGCCCCCUGCUGUGGACCUACCCCUCCGGUGGCUUCCGGAGACCGCCAGCUUAUGAGAGCUUGAGAGGAAGCUCUCAGACACCGUCUCUGCAACAGCCUUCAAGUCUUACUGGUAUAGGUGAGGGGGCAUCCAAGAGUAACGGAGGGUCAGCGUCCCUCCAGUCGAAGGUUGGCUUCAUGCCCUGGGACAGCAGCGCCAGCUUAGCUGCAGAUGAGGGAUCCUACUGGCCUAUGCAGAGGAAAUUGUCCUUCAGCCAUGGGAGCAGAGAGAUAGAGAAGGAUGAAGGGCGUGCGUGGAAUGGCAGCGCAGAUGCCCUGUUAAGGAUGGAUAAGGAGGACCUCUGCAUGGGAUCUCGAGGAGGUCACUCAGGCAUCCCAGUCCACUUCAGUGGUGUCACCAGCAGGGCCCUUGGUCACAGUGAGUCCUUGGCCGGUGUGGAUAGCAACCAGGGUUUCAGAGCCCUGCCCAGAGUUGGUCUGCCUCUUCCCUGCCAGACUUUCCCUGCCUGUCGCAAUGGAGAAGUGGGGCGGCUGGGCCGCUCCUCCUCUGCUGCUGGAGUGAGACAGGUGGGUGGAGGAGACGUCCAGAGACAGAGCAGCCUACCAGCACGAGAAGCCCUGAAUCAGCUGCAUGGUCUGGCCCAGCCUCAAGCGCCCUGCAGUCCCAGCAGUCCCAGUGUGUCUCGGCAGCAGCAGCUUCAGCUCCACCAGCAGCAGCUACAGUUAAAGCAGCAGCUCCAGCAGCUUCAGCAACAGCACCACCUUCAGUUGCAGUUCCAGCAGCUCGCCCAGCUGGCACAGGGACAGGCUCCUGUCAGUGGGGGAACCACCCAGUCCGCAACGCAGACCCAGAGAGACGGCAAGCUGCUGGAAGUCAUCGAGCGUAAACGUUGCCUGUGCAAAGAGAUCAAGGCCCACAGGCGCCCUGACAAAAGCCUGUGCAAGCAGGACAGCAUGCCCAUCCUCCCUAGCUGGAGACGGACACCUGAGCCUCGUAAGACUGGCACACCACCCUGCCAGAGGCCGCAGGCCGUUGUGUGGGACACGGCUAUCUGAGGUAGAAAGACAGGCCAGCAAGUACAGCACUGAAGAGAGACUAAACACACAUAUGAGUUGAAGAUGGUUGAACAACGAAUAAGAGACGUGAGUAAAAAUGAUUGCGGUCACAUAAUUACCACAGAGGAACGAGAGAAAGUUGCUCUUAUUGUGUGAUAAACUGAUCUGAGAAUGGCAAUGAAGGUUAUUGGAGUCUUUGAACUCGUUUGGAGAGAAAACACAAAAAAAAGGCAGAAAAAAGAGGUGAAGAAAAAGAAGUGUUACAAUCAGACUAAAUUAAUCUUGGUGAUUUGUACUUGCUCUGUACAAUGUCCUUUUUGGUGUGUUCUAAUUGCCAAUGAUUUUUUGCCACAAAACGCCAGUAUUAUUGCUACUAAAUGAAGACACCAACUAAACAAUAAUGGUUGGGAUGUUUUCUGAGAUUGGUGUUGCCAAAUUUCCUCCUGACUACUUGAGACAUAAAGGAAUCAUGUAUUUUCUCCAACACGCAGUUGCCCAACAUGCAUAGAAACUACUCUGUGGAUGAGAAAAGGCAGGACUCAUUGCUAAGUUAUUGAAGUUUUUCUUGAAAUCGUGAAUGCAUAUGAGAUGUCUUGGUAUCAAUAGAUUGUAAUUGUGGAUGCAAAUAAUCAUCAACGAGGAGUAAAAGCUACCUACUGUACCUGUUUGCAUAUUUGUAAUGUAAAUCUAUUUACUUUCUCAACGUUUCUGCAAUUUUAUAGCAAUAUGCUCCCAAUGCUGGAGCAACAUAAUUAAAACUUGUGUCAACUAGCCUAACAUACAUAUCUAAGACUUGAAUAAGUCACAUUUACUGUGUCAUUCUCUGCAUGUCAUGAUAGACAUACAGUAUUGUAAAAGAAUAUGUGUAGAGAUGAUCAUGUCUGACUUUUACAUACAGCAGAUCUUCACUAUUAUAAAAUGUGGUUGUAUAAAAAGAUGAAUAUAUUGCUUGGGGUAUCAUUAGAAAAGGUGUGACAGAUGGCACAUGCUGUGCAGUCCAGCCAAAUAUAGAUUCAGAUCAAUGGUAUAAAAACUUCAUCACUCAUGCUUAUACACAGUUGCACAUUAGUGAUAGUUCCACCACACAGAAAAACAAGCACUGACACCCAUCAACACAGACUGUACAAUAUGGUGCAACUGAUAAGACUGUGAGUAUUGAUCACCUCAAACAGAAUGCUGGAACAAUCUGCACAAAACAUGGUAUAUGCUUAGGAGAAAUUAAACCCUAAUGUACUGUAAAUAGAUAUGUACAACUGUAUUGAAAAUGUAGCAAUUAUUUCCAUUUUCAUACUUGUAAUCAAUACAUAUUAUGUAGCAUAUACUGUAUAAACAUAACUUUGUUCACUUGUUUUUUCUAAAAGAAUUAUGUGCUGCAGCCAGUCCAUGCAUUUACUCAUAGUUCUACUAAUAAACAGUAAGCCCUCUAAAGAAAGGCACAGUCCAACAGUUGUUUAUUUAAAUUUAUGCAAGACUCCCUUUAAGCUGUGUUAUUGUUUUAUGUAUGCCUUUUUUUUCUACAUUCAUUUUUAUUUGUGUACAGAUUUCAACAGCUCAUUGUCUUGACAUUUUGAAUACUUUGCUGCUAUCUUGAACUACUGGUGGUGUUCAUUCAACUACAUGGCGUUACCAUGAGAAACAUUAUUAAUACAGUGGUUAUUGUUACAUAUUUAUUUUAUUUCUGAAAGCCACGUGAAAUGAAGUUUGUUCCUUGAAGAGUGAGCCCUUCUGUAAUAGUAUUGCAGUACUUGAAUGUCUCUUGGUUGUUGUUGUUUUAUGAUAGUUAGCACCAAGCUGUACAGUACAGUACACCCAGUGAAAAGAAGACCUAUUUAAAUGUUUGAGAGUCACUGCUUGGCCUUUUGUUUAUAGUUCCACCUGCUCGUGUUUGACGGUCGAGGUUUUUUCAAGCUUACCGAGUCCAUUUUCAAACAAACACAGGUCAGGUUGAAGGAAAUGGGCAAGUGCAAUGCAUGCAGAGAUUCCUUACACUGAAAAUGUUCCAAUGAUACUGACUAUUGUGCCCAAUUUAAUUUCAGAUACCAAGUAAUCACCUUACUAUGAUUCCUUUUCACAGACUGAUAUGGAACCGUAGGUAUCAUUUCCAAAAUAGUUUACAGAAGCUGUUGGUUUUGUGUGUCUUCUAAAACAGUGGCCAUUAUAUGAGUGCCAUACUAUAUUGAUAUGGUAAGAUACGGUGUACCUUGGAAAUCACUGUAGUGCUAUAUUUGCAUUGAUAUUGUCAUUAUAAAUAAAUUUUAUAUAAUGAACUUUACACAACAAA